AGGAGAGGAUGCUUAACAUUAUGGACACUCAAUACAUACAGAUGACAGUCAUAUGGUGUUUUUGGACUAUGGGUUUAGCAGUGGAUCUACGAUGCAAUGAUAUGUAUGAAAAAGAUGGCAGAUGUUGUGAACUUUGUCCACCAGGCACAUUUUUGAAGAAGCACUGCACCACUCAUGCCAAAACCGACUGUGGUGACUGCCCAGCGGACUCCUACUCUGAGUUCAGUGACCGCGUAGAGAACUGUCAACCAUGCCUCAAAUGCCAACAGGUCUAUGCAAGAGCAUGCACCUCAACCGCAAACGCAAACUGUUUGUGUGGCUCUGGUUUCCUGUGCUCAGACCAUGUCUGCUCAAAUUGUGAAAAGGAAAAGAAAUGCCGCAAGGGAGAGGAACUGAAGAGGACAGGUUCCAGGGAAUACACUUGGAAAUGUGUCCCAUGUCCUAAUAACACAUACUCUGACACCGAACAGGGUCACUGCAAACCAUUGACACAGUGUGAUACACAUGGAUUUAUUGUGAUCUUCCCUGGGAACAAGACCCAUAACUCAAAAUGUGGUAUACAUGAGCAAGGAAACAAAGAGGACGGGCAUUACAUUCUGGCCAUUGGCUUCUUCUUCUUUGCUGUCGUCCUCUUGGUGUUCCUCACUUAUGCCUGCAUCAGGAGAAUCAGGCACAAGCCUAACGCUAAUAUACAUGGCUUCCCACUGUCAAAAGAGGAGAGUGGAAGCCAGCUCAUCCUGCAGGCUGAAAACAAGGACAAUGCCAGCCAGAUUCUGCUGUCCAUGGCGAGCAUCUCCACUGUGUGAUAUCUUACAUUUGCUUGCAGGAGUGUUUUGACUUCAGGGUAGCAUGUCAGCUAGUCCUGAAUGACCAAAUGCUACUUCUACAAUUUGUUUUGCAGUUAGCCUGCUAUAAUUUCCUUGUCUUUUGUAAUCUUGUUUGUUGCUAUUUCGUGUAUUUGUGCAGUCUUUCAUCAAUACUAAGUAUUAUUUUAUAUAGCUUUCUUACUUUUUUGCACAAUUAAUACUGUUUUUACUCUUUCUAAAGAAUCCCAACAUUUAGCUUUUUUUAUUGAACCUUUAUUUUUUACAGGUUUUUUUCACAUUAAGAUAACAAUCUAUUUUUCAAGAGAGACCUGGUCCAACAGCUACAGGUGGGACAAAGUUUCAGGCAAAACAUCUUACAACAUUUAACAAAACAUUAAAACACACAUACAGUAACACAAUUACAUAUUACAUAAAAAACACAAAUGUCAUAACUAAAAAACAUCUGUCCUAACGACAAUGACAUUUUAUGAUAUUUACAUCGACCAAGUGUUUAAACUCCACCAACGUGACUAGAUCAUCUAAUUUUAAAAUGUUCAGGAGAUAAUUCCAGGACAACGGAGAUGAGUAACUAAAACUAUUUCGACCAUGAUCUGUUCUAAUUCUUGGUACUGCAAGAAAGCAAAUGAGAAUAGGACCGUAAUCUAUAUUUAUUUACUGACCUGAUUAAAAAAGAACAGAGAUAGUGACAUUAUACCCAAUAUGGACUUUUAAAUCAGUGUAUACCUGUGUUUAAGACUACGCAAGGUCAAUGACGACCUGCCAACGGCGCAGUAGAGAUCACAAUGACAUGUUAGACGUUUUUGAUUGGUAAUGAACCUGAGGGCCUCAUGAUAUCCUGAAUGAAGUGCUCUCAGGGUAGUAGUUGAGGCCUGUAUAUGUAACGGAUGUGAAACGGCUAGCUUAGUUAGCGGUGCGCGCUAAAUAGCGUUUCAAUCGGUUACGUCACUUGCUCUGAGACCUUGAAGUAGUAGUUCCCCUUGCUCUGCAAGGGCCGCGGCUUUUGUGGAGCGAUGGGUAACGAUGCUUCGAGGGUGACUGUUGUCGUUGUGUGCAGAAGGUCCCUGGUUCGCGCCCGGGUAUGGGCGAGGGGACGGUUUAAAAUUAUACUGUUACAUUGAUGCUGUUGACCCGGAUUACUGGUUGCUGCGGAAAAAGGAGGAAGGUCAAAAGGGGGGUGAGUGUAACGGAUGUGAAACGGCUAGCUUAGUUAGCGGUGCGCGCUAAAUAGCGUUUCAAUCGGUUACGUCACUUGCUCUGAGACCUUGAAGUAGUAGUUCCCCUUGCUCUGCAAGGGCCGCGGCUUUUGUGGAGCGAUGGGUAACGAUGCUUCGAGGGUGACUGUUGUCGUUGUGUGCAGAAGGUCCCUGGUUCGCGCCCGGGUAUGGGCGAGGGGACGGUUUAAAAUUAUACUGUUACAUUGAUGCUGUUGACCCGGAUUACUGGUUGCUGCGGAAAAAGGAGGAAGGUCAAAAGGGGGGUGAGUGUAACGGAUGUGAAACGGCUAGCUUAGUUAGCGGUACGCGCUAAAUAGCGUUUCAAUCGGUUACGUCACUUGCUCUGAGACCUUGAAGUAGUAGUUCCCCUUGCUCUGCAAGGGCCGCGGCUUUUGUGGAGCGAUGGGUAACGAUGCUUCGAGGGUGACUGUUGUCGUUGUGUGCAGAAGGUCCCUGGUUCGCGCCCGGGUAUGGGCGAGGGGACGGUUUAAAAUUAUACUGUUACAUAUACACAGUACCAGUCAAAAGUUUGGACACACCAACUCAUUCAAAGGUUUUUCUUUACUUUUCUAUUUUCAACAUUGUGGAAUAAAAGUGAAGACAUCAAAUCUAUGAAAUAACACAUAUGGAAUCAUGUAGUAUCCAAAAAAGUGUUAAACAAAUCAAAAUAUAUUUUAUAAAUUAGAUUCUUCAAAGCAGUCAGCUGUGUGCUUAGGGUUGUUGUCCUGUUGGAAGGUUAACUUUCGCCCCAGUCUGAUGUCCUGAGCGCUCUGGAGAAGGUUUUCAUCAAGGAUCUCUCUGUAUUUUGCUCCCUUCAUCUUUCCCUCGAUCCUGACUAGAAUCCAAGUCCCUGCAGCUGAAAAAUAUCCCCAUAGCAUGAUGCUGCCACCACCAUGCUGCACUGUAGGGAAGGUGCCUGGUUUCCUCCAGACAUAACGCUUGGCCAAAGAGUUCAAUCUUGGUUUCAUCAGACCAGACCAAUCUUGUUUCUCAUAGUCAGUCCUUUAGGUGACUUCUGGCAAAUUCCAAGCGGGCUGUCAUGUUCCUUUUACUGAGGAGUGGCUUCCGUCUGGACACUGUAUUGACGUCUGUCUUGAAGGCUCUAUCAUCUCUACAGAGGAGCUCUGUAGCUCUGUCAGAGUGACCGUCGGGAUCAGACCAUUUCUUACCUGAAUAUGUUACUUUAAUUUGAUUUGCCUUUCCUUCCAGGUUACCCAUUUGGUCAUUUUGUAAAUAUAUAUUAUUUUCUGGAACCAUUACACGUACCCAUCUCAUUGUUAUUUAAUUAUUAGAGAUAUAUAUAUGUUUUAAAUAGCACCCGCCCCGCCAUAGGUCAUGUCUGCAAUGGUCAUGUGAGAUGAAAUGUCUAUAUUUUGGGAUGUGAACACUCAGUGUGUUGAACCUGAUGAAGAUCUGUUUCGAAUCGAAAUGUUGUCAAUAAAACAGUGAAUUGGAAGCUUUAA